CGUGAGUGAAGUACCACACAUGCGAGAUUUUUCAGUGAACACACAAUUUCCUCUGUCUGUAGUUUUUCUUUAAUCCAGCGCGAAUUUAGAUAUUUACAAACAUGUCUUCUUUUCGAAAAGUCUUGAAGUCUAAACAACGAGACCACAAAGAGCGAUCACAGCUCGGUUUCAGGAAACAUUUGGGACUGUUGGAGAAAAAGAAGGACUACAAACUUCGUGCAGAUGACUACCACCGGAAACAGAGAACUCUCAUGGCCUUACGCAAGAAGGCUAUGGACAAAAACCCAGAUGAAUUCCACUUUAAAAUGAUUAACAACCAGUUAAAGGAUGGGGUUCAUGUAAUAAAAUCAAAGCAGGAAGAAAUGACAGAGGAGCAGAAGAAGGUGAUGAGGACACAGGACAUCAGAUAUGUUGAGAUGAAGAGGGUGUCAGAGAUGAAGAAAAUUGAAAGGUUGAAGGCAGAGCUCCACCUUCUUGAUAAUGACGACGAGGCAAAUAAAAAUAAACAUGUAUUUUUUGUGGACACAAAAAAAGAAGUGGAGGACUUUGACCUGGCCACACACCUCAACACCGUGCCAGAAUUGGUAGACCGAACAUACAAUAGACCUACAAUAAAAACCCUAGAAAGCAAGAGCAUUAUGGGGGCAGUGAAUCCAGAAAGGAUAAAGAAACUAGCUAAACAGAGGAAAAAUCAGUACGAGGUGCUUUCACAACGUAUUGACCGAGAGAAGAAGAUGUUUGUCAUUACUCAAAAGAUCCAGACUAGGAAAGAUCUACAAGAUAAGGUUAAGAAAUUAAAGGUUUGUAAAGAGACCAGCACAGCGCCUGCCGUCUAUAAAUUUGAGGCCAAGAGGAAAAGAUGAUGCCUUCAGAUCUACACUUUGCUGCUGGUCUCCAUCCCAGUUCUGAUCAACUGUAAGCUGUAAUUGCUGUGAAAUGGACUGAAUCUGCGGAUCUCUUUAUAACAUCUAUACAACAAACUGAGAGACCAAAGUUGUUGAGUAUUUUACAGAUUCGGAAAGCAGUAUGUACAUAUUUAUUAUAAAGGAAAAGAUUUAAGGUUGUUAUUGCUUUGAAAUAAAAAUAUUGUUGUA